AUCAAGUCGCUUAUUUUGCUCCUCAUUCUGGGAUGUCCUUGUUUCCAGGCCAUGGAUGAGAAGGAGGUGCGAGAAAUGAUGGCUUUGGAACAGGAACUCCUCAAAAAUCUGCAAAAAUAUGCCGUCAAGCUGGAGGAUAAAAUAAACCUCAUAGAAGAAUCCAUUACUGAAUACACCGAGGAGAUUAAUGAGGCCAACAAGGAUCCGGAGUUAUAUCUGUCGAAUCCGCUGAAUGCCUUCCGCUUGAUUCGACACAUGCACCAGGACUGGGUGAGCUGGCAGGUGUACAUGGAGAAGCCGGUGGCCCCCGAGGCAGUGGAGAAUCUAGAGCGUCUCCUGCCGCAGUUACCGGAGAAGGAGGCCUAUAAGCAGGCGGCCAGAGAUGUGCAUGAUCUGACCCAGUUCUAUGACUAUAAACCCAGUGAUUUGGUGGCUAAGAAUGAGAGGAAUAGCUCCUUGCAUCUCUCUCCUCUGGACUGCUACCACUUGGGACUAGAGCGUUACGAGGAGGAGGACUACCUGGGAGCAGCCAAGUGGCUUAGCGUGACAGCCGAAAACUACACCCUUUCGGAGUACAGUGAUCUGUACGGCCUGCUGGGAGCUCCACGCUGGCAAGUGUACAGAGAUCAGGCCAGAGCCCUCUUGAAGCUCAAUCGUCCUGCCUUCCUAGAGACCUAUGAACAAGCCUCCAAUCUUAAUCCUUUUAAUGUCCACUUGAUGGACGAGAUUGGCCAAUGGGAGUUGACCAGUACGAGGGAUCCCAUGGAUCCCGUACCCGAUCCCUUGCCAAAACCCACCAAAUUGGAGAGGCACUGCCGCGGUCAUGUGAUCCCACAGAGGAACUUGGCUUGUGAAGUCUUAAACUGGGGCUCGGACUUUAUGAAACUGGCUCCUUUGCGUUUCGAGCUGUUGGUAGAGCCGUUCACGGUUCUUUAUCCCAAUAGUGUCUACGAGACAGAGCUCCGGCAUGUGGAUAAGGUCUACAAUCAGUGCCCACCUAUAAAUCAGUUCCACCUGGAAAAGGGAGUCACCGGCUGCUCCAUAUCCAAUGGAUACAGUCCCACCAUGGGGCGACUCAGAGACCGAGUGCUGGAAAUGACGGGAAUGACUAAAACAUGGAAUAGAUCUUUUGUUGUGGAGAACGACAGCUUGAAACCGCUGGAGAUCUCUAAACUUUUUCGGAAAUCCACGAAGUUCCCCGAUCUUAAUGUCAUGGAAAAGACGAAUGUGGUGGCCACGGCAAUCAUAUUUUUGAGAGAUGUUCCUGAGGGCGGUGCCAUAACCAUGCCUAAUUACGAGCUUUUUGUGCAACCCAAAAGAGGAAACGUUUUGCUUUCCGUAAAUGAGAUGCAGCUGGACACCACAAUUUGUCCAAAUGUCGUGGGCAGUGGAUUAGUUAUGAUCCAGUUUGUUCUUAAUGAUGAAUAGGAACGUUUAAUAUUUAAAUUGUAUUAAAAGAGAAGCAAUUAAAAUACAUUCGUGGAAAUAUAUUGAGCUUAUUGAAAUGGCA